GGUGGGGCACUUCACACAACUGGACCCAUUCCCCAUGUUGAGGUUGCAGAGAAUAUGGCUAUUGCUCUUGAUCGUCCGGUAGACCCUGACGAGUUGGUUUGUUUCACUCGACGACAUACGGAUGGUAGUUGGAUUGACGACCGCUCAAAGGAGAUAUAUGUAAUAACACUAACUUUUUACG